AUGGCAGACUUUUCCGAGAGGUCAGUGCAGGCGGCCGUCGUGGUGUCCUUCCUGGCGGGUUUUGCAGCCGGCUGGCAGGCAAACCGAAUGCGACGGAGAUUUCUCGACUGGCGAAAGAAGAGGCUACAAGACAAACUGACGGAGACGCAGAAGAAACUCGACUUAUCCUGA